UGCCGAUGGCAUCAGGUCCCACAGAUUGUCUCAUUGGCCGCGCAGUUCUUAUCUCGCCUGCAACUACACCUCCAUGCCGCGAGGAGACACGGUGCCUGGCGCGUUGCAUCGCGCGGUCAACCUGAUGAAAACUGCUUCCACAGCUUGGAUAGACGCACCCCGGUACUCGCUGCUACCAGGACAGGACGAUGCACAUCCAACCGAACGCUGCCCGACCUUAAACGACGAUGAAGUUCAGAACGAGCUCGACUGGUCUGAUGAAGAAGAGAGACGACUAGUAUGCAAGCUAGACAUGGUGAUAAUGCCUUUGCUAAUUCUUGGCUUCUACGCUCUUCAGCUGGAUCGUGGGAACAUUGGAAAUGCUUUAACGGAUUAUUUCAUGGAAGAUCUUCACCUUACACAGCUACAAUUCAAUGUUGGUCAACAGCUCUUAUCGGCAGGAAUAGUGAUCCUCGAGAUACCGAGCAACUUCAUUUUGUACAGGAUAGGGCCACAAAAAUGGAUCAGUGGCCAGAUACUUGCGUGGGGAUUCGUCGCGACAUUUCAAGCAUUCCAGAAAGGCUUGAGUGGUUAUAUAUCUACUAGAUUCCUCCUUGGAUUGUGCGAGGCUGGAUUCAUUCCUGCAGGAUUGUAUACCAUUACAAUCUUUUACAAAAGAGCUGAAACCAGCAAACGGUUUUCCUAUUUCUUCCUUGGCAACUUGGCAGCUGCAGCUUCUACCGGCUUGAUAGGGUAUGGAAUUUUACAGAUGCGAGGCGUGUGUAACUUGGCUGGCUGGCAAUGGCUCUUUAUUAUCGAGGGCUUAUUCACAGUCAUAAUCGGCCUUCUAUUCAUCUUUCUCUUCCCUCAAAGCUUAGCUCAGCCAAAAAGCUUGCUUGGGUUUCACUACUUUAGUCCUCGUGAAUGCGAGAUAUUACGGCAAAGGGUUAUCCACGAUGAUCCCCGAAAAUUACAGAAGACGAAUUGGAUAGGUUGGGAGGAAAUCAAGCAUGCUUUAUCGAAUUGGAGAGUGUACCCACAUAUCCUGCUCACGUUGGUUGCUAUGGCUCCAAACAACACAUUCUCCUCUUAUGCUCCGACUCUUGUUGGUUCAUAUGGUUAUGGCCGACUAGUUUCUAACGCUCUAGUUUCUGUUGGCAACUGGAUUGCCUUGGUCUUAAUUGCUAGUUGGGGAUAUAUGGCCGAUCGGCUCGGAGUCCGUGGACCUUUUGUCUUUCUCGGUGUUCUUCUGUGGUGGGGUUUCUCGAUUGGGAACCUUUGCUUGAUUCAUUCCUCUGAUAGACGUGCUCGCUACGUUCUCCUUGUACUUGGUAUGUCUGUAUCCCAGGUUUACCAUGCCGUCAACGGCUCUUGGCUUGCUUUGAACUCGCGUUCUGCGGGCGAACGCUCUAUCACCAUGGCCCUCUUCAUUAUGGCAGCAAAUUGCGCAGCCAUCAUCGGCUCGCAGCUCUUCCAAGCUGAGGACAAGCCUCUUUAUAGAAAAGGCUGGUCUGCUAUAGUGGGUUUGACAAGUGCGGGUUUGGUAUUUGCAACAUUGGCAAAUGCGCAAUAUCGACUUUUAAACAAAAGAAUGAAAAGGAAAGAAAGAGAUGGGAUAUCAGGGGAGCAUGCAGAGAGAUUGGAAGCUCAUACUAGGUAUUAUCAUGUUUAGUGUCCUAGCAGUUGAAGAGACAAUGGAUAUAUGGUUUUCAGGGAAAAUUGAGUC